AUGUCAAUGACAAGGAAACCACGACUCGAUCCAGAAAAGUUAUUGAGCGCAUUUGGGAAAUAUGGCAAAUACCAAAUGCGUACAUGCAUGUUGCUAAUGAUACCUGCAUUCUUCUACUCCUCACAAAUGCUUAUCAUGGGAUUUAUCACUCAGCCACCACCAUUCCAAUGUAUCAUCAGUAUUUCGAACUCUUCCAAUCCUUCUCAACAGAUUUAUCAAGUGCUUGAUAAUUGUCAUGUACUCGAAUUGAAAACCAAUAAAACAAUGCAAUGUUCAGCUGUACCUAAUUCAACGUACCUGUAUGAAGAGGAAGUGCCUUUUUCCACAAUUAAUUCCGAGUUCAAUUUAGUAUGCGACGAUGAGCACUGGGCAGAGCAUGGUACAUCAUUGUUUAUGCUAGGAGGGCUGUUCACACCAGUAAUUACUCAAUUAUCUGAUCUGUACGGUCGGCGGAAAUUGUUGCUGUUCUCAAUGUGGAUCGCUAGCAUUAUGGCUAAUAUCUGUCCGAUAACACCAACGGAGCUUACUUUUCUGGCCUGUCGUUUUAUCCUCGGUGUCGCAACUACGGUACAUUUUGAAAAGCGCCUUUUGUAG